UUGCUCGCUCGUGAGUGUGUCCAGCUACAGGGGCUGAAUUUGUUUUUAUUUUUGUAAAAUAAAAAUGAAAAUCGUGAUCAAUCCGUUUGAUUAUCCGACAGAUUUGUGAAACAGUUUAUUUUGAAAAUCUGUUGAUUGGAGAUUGUAACUAUUUCUAUUAUGUCCACCAGCAGUGAUAUUGCAGUAACCCUUCGAGUUCCAUUCCCAACAAAACGUGAAGCGGAAAUUGCGUACGACGUGUUACGAGUUGAUACUGAACCAAAACGAAGCUUCAUUGGAAAAUCCCUCACGCUGGACGGUAACCAGCUGGUGGUAGAAUUUCGCGGCCAGCAGACUAAAAACAUCCGGGUCGGCGUGAAUUCCUUUUUCGAAUCAUUGCUUCUCUGUUGCGAGACACUGCAGCAAUUUGGGCCACCGAAAACCGACUCGUACAGCCACUAUUAA